ACGAAGCAGUCGACCAUUGUCAGGGCUGCGGAACAAACCCAUCUCUCACAAUUGUCGCUGCAAUUCUUCACCUCGAACUGUCGCAAGGCGGGAGCUUCGAUUUUAGGGUUUAAGGUCGAAUGAUGAAGACGACGAGGUGGUUGUUAUCGUCGUCGGUGGAGCCCAGAUUGGAUAAAGCUAGAGCGAUCGCUGGGUUUUGUGGCGAGAUUGAUGAAGAACUGGGAAGCAGCAGAUACGUCGAGUUUUUCUCCCUGAAUAGUGCUGUUUUGAGGAAGCAGUGAGUGAGGUUAUGUGGAGAUAGAUAUAGCUAUGGCGGAGUGGAGAAAUGGGAGGUGGUUUGGACUUCUAUGGUGGGCGUUCGUUGCUGUGGGUGUGUUGCAGGUUGAGAGCGCAUGUGGGGUUGUGAAAUCCGAGGGAUUCGUAGAGAGUUUGAUGUUGCGGCCGUUGCCGGAUGGGAAGACGCUGGGGCAUUUUCGGUUCGUGAAUGACCUUCGGGAAGAGGGUGAGAAUGGUCAUCAUCGUAAGCUGUUUCCGAAGGCGAUCUAUCAGAUUGUUCAAAAGUUUCGCAUCCAGGAGAUGGAUUUGUCUUUCACGCAGGGGAGGUGGAAUCACCGGCUGUGGGGAGGAUUGGAGGGGUUGGAGGCCUUAGGUGUGAAGCCCGGAGGAGUGGAACUUAGGGCGCAGUUCCGUCAAUCCAACGAAGAGGCCGAUGUGCUGUGGCGUAACCUGACCCAUGCGUUGUCUGGUCUGUUCUGUGCUUCGAUUAAUUUCUUGGAGAAUCCCGCGAUGGUGUCAGAGUGGGGAGGGGUGCGCCAGGCCGGCGUUGGCGCUGUGCGACAAGGGUCAUUGCCGAGGGAGACUGUCUGCACGGAGAAUUUGACGCCCUGGCUGAAGCUUUUACCUUGCAGGGAUAGAGCGGGGUUGGCCACUCUCUUGGAGCGGCCACGGAUACACAAUGGCAAUUACUACUCUCUCCGGGUGCACGUCAAGGCAGGCCAUGGCUCCCUCCGAUUGGUACAAACCCUGACUGUCGUGUUGAAGUCGUCAGAAACAAGUCCUGCAUCGAGAGGGAGGAUCCUGGCUCCCGAUGAAGAUUUUCAAUUUCGUCAGCCGAAUUGGUCUCUUUCUACCUUGUUCGGCAGGCCGUUGAUUGGAGCUUGUCCUCUUGCUAUCUCUAGCCAUGUUCACAUGGAGCUUGAAGCCAGUCUCGUGGAAGAGUUAAAAAGAGCAGAGAAUCAGACGCCGAAAAUUUCACAAGAUUCUCAAAACGAGGACCGUAUGCGCAAUACCGACGGGCGAGGAGAUGGUUUGGAUCUGAAUUUCGAUUUGGUUUCAAAUGAGUAUUUCCAGCUUAACCUGGCUCCAGAGGGUGUUUCGAAAGAAUCAUCGCCAACUGCUCCAUCUCUUCUUCUCAGUUACGAUGUGCAGAAGCAUAGCAAAAGUCGCCCACUGAAUGUAGGGAUGUCCUGGAGAGCCCCGAUUGCAUGGUCUCCUCGCCAGGGUCCGUUUCGUGCCACGCAGUUCCUGACAGGCAGAGGGAAUGGAAGAGGGGCGAUCGUCUCUCUGGUGCACGCAAAUGGAGAUUCCUGUCAUGGUUCCAAACGCAACACGCAGUGGUGUCCUGUAAGUGAGCUUGAUGAUGGCACUUCCCCUGCGAUCGAUAUCACCACAUUCCAGAUCGUGCCAUGGUAUUUUCGACUGUACAUGCACACGCUGAAGGUAGUAGUGGAUGGGGAGCGAGUAUCCCUGAAGAAGGGGUUGAAGCUGCGCUUGUCUCCCGCUGAUGACCGCAAAUCCCCAGCUGUCGUAGAAAUCGGUCUCACCGUUCCCAGAAACACCAGCACGCUCGUCAUCAGCGUGGAGUUCGACAAGGGCUACUUACGCAUCGAUGAGCAUCCUCCUGACGCUAACCGCGGCUUCGACCUGCCGUCUGCUCUCUUUACCUUUGCAAGCUCUCCGUCUCCAGAUUUGAUGUCCAAGCGUGGAGCGGUUCCUAAUCAGCUUGAAGUACAGGUCUAUUCUGAUAAUCUUCUUGUGCUGCUUGCAACGCCGGACUUUAGCAUGCCCUACAAUGUCAUCACUUUCACUAUGACCGCUUUGGCUCUCUAUUUUGGCUCUCUGUUGAAUUCCCUGCGCCUGCGCACUGUGAGAGAGGACGGGGUCCUGCAACCAGCAUCGCGAUUUUCCACCAAUUUACGAAAACUGGUAGCUCUCAUCACUAGCAGGAAAAAGCUAAAGACUUUGUGAAUUUCUUCAGCAGCGACCUGAACUCCAUCAUCGUAGGGGAUUCUCCCUGCCACUCGUAUCGCGUGUGGCGCGGUAUUGCGUCAACAUCCGAGAGUGUACCCAGACUUGGUCACGCUUCUGAGGUCCUCGUAGUGGAUAUCACAGAUCGGAUUGAGUUCCUGAACCCUCGAAGAUUGCCAAGAGGCUUGCACAGAAUAUUUUUUUCUCAUUGGGUUAAAUGGCAUGAAACUGAUGGCGUCUCUUGCUGUACCUUACGCUCUGGACAUGACCCCAAGGUCUACCGAAAAUGACGACAUUUGGCAAUGUCAAGUGCUCUUUGUUCGCGACCAGAGGGAGCCAUAGCAGAAUAAAUUGACUGGCAGACGCAGAUAGGGUUUUCUGGUCUCUAAAGAGGGGAUUUCACACGUUUUACCUGUCUUUAUCAUCAAUGGGAGUUGGGUCUGCUGAGAUCUGUGUGGACGGUAGUGCAUAGUCGUGAGAGUUGCAGGACUCGUGAAUUGUAAAAUGAGAAAAUAUUUGAUGCAACGAGAGUUCACAGGCAGUUCCCGUUUUGGUACA